CAAUUUCAAUUUGAAUACAAUGUAGCUCAGAAGAGAAGAGAAGAGAACAGAAGGGAAAAAAAGAGAAAAGAAGUUGAAAGAAGGAAAUCGAAGAUGGGUAAGGAUCUGAGCGAUGACCAAGUUUCUGCGAUGAAGGAGGCUUUCUCUCUAUUCGACACAGACGGCGACGGUCGGAUCGCGCCUUCGGAGCUCGGGAUCCUGAUGCGGUCACUCGGAGGGAACCCAACCCAGGCCCAACUAAAGUCCAUCGUAGCCGAAGAGAAUCUCACUGCCCCAUUCGACUUCCCCCGAUUCCUUGAUCUCAUGGUCAAACACAUGAAACCCGAACCCUUCGAUCGCCAACUCCGUGACGCCUUCAAGGUCCUCGACAAGGAUUCCACCGGCUUCGUCUCCGUUUCGGAGCUCCGACACAUCCUCACCAACAUCGGCGAGAAGNUGGAGCCCUCCGAGUUCGACGAGUGGAUCAGGGAAGUCGACGUCGGCUCCGAUGGCAAGAUCCGCUACGAGGAUUUCAUUGCCAGAAUGGUCGCUAAGUAGUAGGAAUCUCUUUUCAGUGUUCUUCUCUCUUUUCUCCGUUGUUUCGGUAUCACUGCUUUUCUCCCUUGUUGGAUCAAACCUGGUUCCGAUUUCGAGCGAAGUCAAAUGAUGAAUUAGACCGAGCUAGCGUUACUACAAGCUUACCAAAUAAUGAAAUCUCAGUUCGUGUAAAAUUCGUACACUAUAAAUGUCUGCGUGCUUGUUGCAUUUAUGUUUUUCUCGAGUUUCGCUUGGAGUCGACAAUGAUUUGUGAGUCAUCAUCCGACCCCCUUCUGCAGGAAUUGGUGGGUUUGAAUUCUCUAUUUUUGUAGCGAUAAAUUCAUAAUUACCUCUGAAAUGUUGAGCAUCCAAGACAGUAGCAGCAGUGAACUGUAUGGUAUCUAAAGAUAAUUGUAGUGUUGAAUAACUGUCCACUCCAUGUCCGGAUAAACUCUAAUAUGAUGCUUUUGGAACUUCCUAAACUUUUUGUUGAUGAUUCUCGUGAACAGAAAAAUGAUUAUGAGCUGGGAUUUGAUUGAUUA